AUGUCCGUAGCAAUCUGUCGUGCUCUUCUCGUGUUUCUUGUCCUGUUCGUCGCGUGUCAAGCGUACAGUCGGAUGGAGUUAGAAGACCGCAUGCAGAUGUCGCGAUUCCAUGAACUGGGAAAGGGAGCCGCUGGUUCCAUGGGAGAUGAUGCGUAUCUCCGUUAUCUCUCCGAGUAUUUCGGCAGACCCAUGCAACGUCGUUCAGCUGGCUCGACAUAUCCCGAAUUGUUGUGA